GCAGUGGACAGCGAGCGUGAGAAUGGGGAAGAAAGGCCAGAAGCAGAAGAUCAUCCUUCCGCCGGAGCUUCCGCCUGAGACCUCCGACAACGAAAUCGAAGUCUCCGACGAGGACUUGCAGUUCGUCGACGAGAACCGAGACUACGCCGGCUUUGUCUCCCGCUUGGACACUCAAUCCAUCACAAAGCAUGUUACUCGUGUUGCUGAUGUUAAAGAAGAUGCUUUGGAAGCUUUGUAUGAGAAGCGGCUGAAGAAAAAACAACUGCAGAAAGAACAAGAGGACAAUAAGCUUGAAGUGGAUCCUGUUGAUGCGCUUCCUGUGAAAACAUUGGAUGGACAACUUCUCUACCGGACAGCUACAAAGACCUCAAGGCCAUCUGAAGAAGGGGAAACUGGUGAUGAUGAUAAGGAAGCUACUGCCGAUCAAAGCGUUGUUAAGCUGACAAAGGCUGAAAGGAGGGCAAAGCUUAAGAAGAGUAAGAAAGAGGCAAAGAAACAAGGGACGGAGUUGGCUAAGACUGAGGUGGAACAAACCCCUCAAGCAGCUGUCCUGGAUGAGGUGAAAAAAGAUAUUACAGCUGAGGAAGCAUUUGAAGAUAAGAAGCGUAAGAUUGCAGAGCUUGGAAUUGCAGUGCUUUCCGAUCCAGAGUCUAAUAUUAAAUCUCUGAAGGACUUCUUACAAAUCUGUAAAGAUAAUGAUCAUGCAAUAGUCAAACUUGGACUUCUAUCUUUGUUAGCUGUUUUCAAAGAUAUUAUCCCUGGGUACCGGAUUAGGCUUCCUACUGAGAAGGAGCUGCAAAUGAAAGUUUCUAAGGAUGUUCAAAAGAUGCGGUAUUAUGAAUCAACACUUUUAUCUUCAUACAAGGCAUACUUGCAGAGGCUGGCAGCUCUUGAAAAACAGUCCUCAUUCCAACAUGUGGCCAUCCGCUGUAUCUGUACUUUGCUCGAUGCAGCUCCCCAUUUUAACUUCUGGGAGAGCUUGUUAGGUGUUGUUGUCAGAAACAUAAGCUCCUCAGAUGAUGUCGUAAGGAGACUCUGUUGCUCUACGAUAAAGUCAAUUUUUACAAACGAGGGCAAACAUGGUGGUGAAGCCACACUGGAGGCUGUUCGAUUGAUUGCUGAUCAUGUGAAAGCCCAUAAUUGUCAAUUGCAUCCUGAUACCAUUGAGGUUUUCUUGCAUUUGUCGUUUGCUGAAGAUCUUGGGAGGUCUAAAAAAACUGAUGAGAAGAAUAAAGUAAAAAAUAAAAGAAACAAGAAAAGAAAGAAUGUGGAGGAGCCAAGUAAAUUGCCAGAAAAUGACAGAAAAAGGAGUAAGCGAGAGUUGAUGUCAAAGAUGAGAGGAGAGGUGGAAGCUGAUUACAAGUCUGUAGCUUUUACUCCUGAUGUUAUAGAGCAGAGAAGGAUGCAGUCGGAGACACUUUCUGCUGUAUUUGAGACCUAUUUUCGCGUUCUAAAGCAUACUGUGCAACCAGUAGCUGCCAGCUCUGAAGCAAAUGCUGGUGCAAGUGGCUCCCACCCUUUGCUUGCUCCCUGUCUGAGAGGUUUAGGGAAGUUUUCACAUCUCAUCGACUUGGAUUUUAUGGGCGAUCUUAUAAACCAUCUACGAAUGCUUGCUGCUGGUGGUAGUAACUCAGAAAACACCUCUGGGAAAAGUUUGACCGUAUCUGAGCGCCUCCAGUGCUGCAUUGUUGCUUUUAAAGUAAUGAAGAGCAACCUUGAUGCCUUGAAUGUUGAUCUGCAGGACUUCUUUGUUCAACUGUACAAUAUUAUCCUCGAGUACAUGCCUGGAAGAGAUCAAGGAGAAGUGUUAGCUGAGGCUCUGAAGAUCAUGCUGUGCGAAGAUAGACAACACGACAUGCAAAAGGCUGCUGCGUUUGUAAAACGUCUGGCCACUUUCUCGUUAUGUUUUGGUUCUGCUGAGUCAAUGGCUGCCUUGGUCACUCUGAAGCAUCUUCUUCAGAAGAAUGUCAAGUGUCGAAAUUUGCUGGAAAAUGAUGCUGGAGGUGGCUCAGUUUCUGGUUCAAUUGCGAAAUUUCAGCCAUAUGCUUCGGACCCCAAUUUAAGUGGUGCUCUUGCUUCUGUUCUUUGGGAACUAAAUCUUCUUUCAAAGCAUUAUCAUGGCAACAUCUCGACCGUGGCUUCUAGCAUUUCAAGCAUGAACAUUGCGCAUAACCAAGUUUUUCUCUCCAACGUAUCCCCCAUACAAGCUUUCAAGGAUAUGUCUCUCGAGCAGCAAUCGCUUAGCCCACCAAAUGAUCUCAAGCAAUCUAAUGGAAAGAGGAAAAGAGGAAGUGUUCCGUUCAGAGCUGAGCACUCUCUUGACACAAGUUCCGUCGACAAAGACAGUUUGAGAAAGAAACUCUCGUCGCAUUUCAUGCUUCUUCGCGACAUUAAGGAGAACCAAAGAUUGAGGAGUGAGUUGGAUCAUGCAACAUCAUCCUUACAGUUGUAUGAAGAGUACAAGCAACAAAUGGGAAAAGAUAAAAGGGACAAACCCGAGAAACGUGCUCGGUUGAAUGGACUGUCCAAGUGAUUUUUUUUGUCUUUUCCGGCUCUCAAAAUUUUGACAAACUUGCAUAAUUUAUUGCUU